ACAUGCUCACUUUUCUGUUUAAAUAUUUACACAGUAAAUUGAAAUUGAGUGACAUUAAUUUUAAUUUGAAAAUAUAUUAAAGACUUUGUGUAAAAAAAUGCAAUUAAUUUAUUUCUAUUUAAUUACAUGUAUACCAUUAAUUUAUUGUCAUGGAAGAUACAGAGAUGAUGAUGAGAAUGAUCCGUUUUUCAGUGAUGGAUAUCGUCUGUAUUAUUCAAAUUACCCAGAUAAACCUCCAGGACCUCCACCACCAGGACCUCCACCACCUCCUGGACCAUCGAUGGAUGAAGGUGAGGAGGAGGAUAUGCGCUCAGCACGUAGAAAUAAUAGUCAUCCGCAGGAUCAUAAUUAUUAUUAUGACGGUAAACGUCAUCAUCAUCAUCGUUAUCACAAUUACUAUAAUCAUUAUAAUGAUAUAGAUGAAUAUGAUUAUGAAUUGAGAGAUUUAGUUUUCAGUGGAGGUCAUCAUUACACACCAAGUUAUUAUCAGGGUGAAGGUUAUGGAAUCAACGGUGAAGCUAAUUAUGCUCCGCCGCCAAAGGAUCCUUCAAAAUAUGAUCGAUAUGGAAAUUAUUUACCGGAUUAUCAACAACAACCACCACCACCACCACCACAACCGCAACCACCACUACCACCAUUGCCUCUAAAGGUUAUGCCCAAAAGUUUACCUGAACCUUCUACUAAUGGAGCUAAUGAAAUUCAUCAACCGAAAAGUUUGCCUGUUGAAUCACAUGAUGGUGGAGAUGAUGGUGAUCAUAAUGAAGAUCAUCAACCGGACGAGCCGAUAGCAACUAAAUUUGCUAAAAAUCGUAAACAUUCAACAUCAUAUAGGAAAAACAAAAAAGAACUUUCAAAGAAGAAGAAGAAGAGUGGAAAUGACAAAUCUUCAAGGUCACAUAGGAAGGUGAAUCAUCAACCAAGAACGACGCCAUCACCAGAACCAGAUGAAGACGAUGGUCCUCAUUCAGGCGAGGAUGAUAUGGAAAAGUAAUGCUGAAGGCAGAUGAAUAAAUUUUUUUUUUAAAAAAGAAUGUCAACGAAGUAACAGAUUGUCUUUAUAUUUUGAAUUCAUUUAAACUAUUGAUACAAGUGAAUUGAACUAAUGAUAAUAAUAUUAAUAAUUAAUAAUUAUAAUUGAUAUUUCUAAAAUACAAUUAAUUUAACUUAUCCAUUCAUUUAUCAGUGAAUGAUAUAUACAAAGAGAAUAUUAGUAAAAAAGAGUAAAAUAAAGAAA